AUGGUAAAUAGCCAUGGGCUAAACCUUCUACAAGCCAUUCAAAAUGAAAGUAGAAGCGUUAAGAAGUCUCUUAAGGAUGUGGUUGCUGAAAAUGAGUUUGAGAAAAAGCUGCUUGCUGAGGUCAUCCCUCUAGGUGAUAUUGGAGGUGGGAGGUUUGGUGGUUUGAGUAGUGGUUACAGCGUGUCAGGUGGUCUUUAUUGUGUCGAUUUAUCAGAGGUGGAAUUGAUUGGAGAAUAUACCCCAGAUCUGACAGCACUGUUAGCAGCUGACAUCAUUAUUUCUACUCCAGAAAAUUGGGAUGGUAUCAGUCGUAAUUGGCAUACUCGAGGCUACGUUGGAGUAAUGAUACUGGAUGAAAUUCAUUUACUUGGAGCAGAUCGUGGUCCCAUAUUAGAGGUUAUUGUAUCUCGGAUGAGAUUCAUAUCAUCACAGACAGAGCGUUCUGUUCGUUUCGUUGGUCUUUCGAUUGCUUUGGCUAAUGCACAUGAUUUGGCUGAUUGGCUUGGCUUUGAAGAGAACGGUCUAUUCAAUUUCAAGCCUAGUGUUCGGCCGGUUCCUCUGGAGGUUCACAUCCAGGUAACUUACUCCCCUAAGUAUUAUGUGUAUUUUUUACUGAAGUACUUGCAAUAUACUGAUUCGUUUUUUAAUCCAUAGUGUACUAGUCUAAGAGCACCCUAAGGAAAGAAUCAAUAGGACACAUUGGCGUCCUAAUAAUUCCUUAAUUAGUGCAUGGCAAAUUAUUCAUGAUACUACUACUCAAGCUGGAACAUAUAUAUCAAUGAUGCCCAGGUUGUUGCACAAUUUGUUCAUCCGUACUUCAUUCAAGGCUUUUGUCUUGUGAGUAUGCCCUUGUCAUGAACUAAGUGGCAAUAUAUUUCAACUUUUGGUCCAUUCAUGAGAAACGGGAUUUGAAUUGCAGCUUUUGGUUUUCACACAAAAGUUUGCCAGGCGAGAUAACUUCCUUUAGUAACUAGUGUAUCCAUAACAUGUCAUACACCGAAUCAGCCAUAGACCUAUCUGCUGGAUCAGCCACUGGUGAGAAA